ACAACAAUAACAAUUCCUUCUUUGUUAUCUUUUAUGCUUUGUUUUCGAAUCGCUUCGUUUUGCUGUAAUUUUAACACGAGUCACCGUGUGCUUGAAAUAUGGGAUAAAGUUCUGUGGUGCAUUGAGCAAUUUGGCAUUUGGAGUCAAGCUUACACGAAUCACAUCGACCACCAACAUGAAAAGCAAUGACGGCGAGGAAGAUUUUCACGACGACGACGACGACGAAGAACCGAUCACGACAUCGUCGGCCGGCGAACACAUGACCACGAUUUCUUGUCACUGCUUCGGCGACUCGAGCGAGACCGAAGAGGCCUUCUCUAUCACCAUAAUCGAAAACAUGAAAGAAGAGUAUGGGCUGUUCGUGUGGCCCUGUAGCAUUGUCCUGGCCGAGUAUAUUUGGCAGCAGAGAUUGCGAUUUUCUGGAAACAACGUGGUCGAGCUUGGUGGUGGAACAUCCUUACCAGGGUUAGUUGCAGCGAAGGUGGGUUCAAAUGUGACACUUACAGAUGACUCUAAAAGAUUGGAGGUGCUGGAUAAUAUGAGAAGAGUGUGUGGCCUGAAUGAGCUUAAGUGUGAGGUACUAGGACUCACAUGGGGAGUGUGGGAUGCACCCAUAUUCAAUUUGAACCCAAAUUUUAUUCUUGGGGCUGAUGUAUUGUACAACACAAGUGCCUUCGACGAUCUCUUUGCCACUGUGACAUUCCUGCUCCAAAGUUCUCCAGGUUCAGUUUUUGUAACGACUUAUCACAAUCGAAGUGGACAUAAUCUUAUUGAAUUCUUGAUGAUGAAAUGGAAAUUGAAGUGUGUGAGGCUUCUCGAUGGGUUUUCAUUUAUGCCCUCUUGCAAGGCAUCUGGGCUGAGUGGCAACAUUCAAUUGGCCGAGAUUGUAUUAAAUGAUGAAUAGGCUGAAGUAACCAAACCAACAGUCUUGUAUCAGAAUUGAAAAGUGGUUUGUGCAGUCUGAUCAUUUACAUCUCUGCUUCUUGUCAAUGGUAUAGGGAAGUUGUUGGCCAGGUGACUGAUUUGUCUGGCUUUCCUCUAAGAGAGUAUUUUGUUUAUGGAUCGCUGCUGCUUUUUAUAGUUUAGAGGAAGCUUGAAUUUUCAUUUGGAAAUGAACAUUGAGAGCCUGCAAUUCUAUUGUUGCAUAGUGAUGUAGGGUUUAUUUUUGAAGUAAUAGACUGAAAAGGCUAGCCAAGUUUGUUAGGAGUUUGAAGAUGUCUGUGUACAUGGCCUGCCAUCAACAUUAUUUGCAUGUAUUCCCUAGCUGUAGAUAUAAGCUGUUUGUUUAACUGACUGAAUUGUUGCUUUUGUCUCUGAGCUUGAGUUAAUGAGACUUCUAACAGACAUGGGAAAUAUUUCA